UAUUAAUGAAAGGAUUGGUUCUCUGUUAUCUUAUUUCUUUUGUCUAUUGCUGGUGGGAGGUCGGUCAUAUGAUGACAGCCCAAAUUGCAAAGAAUUAUCUUAAGGAUAAUAGACCAGAUGUCUUAGCUUGGGCAGACUCAUUAGUCUAAGACUUCAAUUCCCUUACAGAUGGUAAAUCCAAUACCUUUGCGGAGGCAGCUGUAUGGUUAGAUGAUAUAAAAGAAACUGGAACUGAAUUUCUAUUCAGUUGGCAUUAUACUGACAGACCAAUCAAUCCUGAUGGGUAUAAUGUUAGUCUAUUUCUUAGAUUAUUGAUAAAGAUUGAUGAUGAAAGUCGAAAUAUCAAUUCUAUAUAUGCUAUAAACCAAGCAGUGGCAGUUUUAACUAACUCCAAGACUUCUAGAAAUCGACAUACAGUUUUUAAAGCAUAGAUGUUGAGAGUAUUAUUGCAUGUGAUCGGUGAUAUUCAUCAACCUCUACAUGACACAUCCUUUUAUAAUAGUAGCUAUCCUGAUGGAGAUGCUGGUGGCAACUUUUUGAAUAUCUAAGUAUUUAAAUUUUAUAUAUAUUUAGUUAUAAAAUGGAACAAUGAUGAACUUUCAUUCUUUUUGGGAUUCUGGGGCUCUCACCUUUGCUCCUAAUAAUAGCUUUAUGGCAAGACCUUUAAGUUAAUCUGAUAGCGAGUAUCUAGACAAGUGGUCAAAGGAUUUGAUGAAGAAAUUCCCAAUAUCAAAAUACAGCAAUUAUGAUAUGACGUAAUAACCCAUUUGAAACCUAGAAAUCCCUCUGUUUGGACUUACCUUGGUUUUAGAUAGGCCCAAUAAUUUUUAUACCCAAUGGUAGCGACAUCAAAUAACUACAGCAGCGAUUAUGAAAAGCAGGCCAUUGCAUUUUGUGAAGAAAACUUAAUUGUCGGAGGAUAUAGGUUAGGAAACAAAUUAAUAGAAAUCUAUGAUCAAAUUUUACAAAAUGAAGCUAAACUUACAGUUAGUGAAUGAU